AUGAAACAAAAACGGGAGGAAAUGGCCAAGGGGAAUUUCACGGCAGUGACGGAGUUCAUUCUCCUUGGUUUCACAGAUCGUCAGGAGAUCAAGACCAUUCUCUUUGUGCUCUUCCUGGCCAUCUAUCUGGCCACCUUGGUGGGGAACUUCGGCAUCAUCACAUUAAUCUGGAUCAGUCCCUCUCUGCACAGUCCAAUGUACUUUUUCCUAAACAACCUGGCCUUCCUGGACCUCAGUUAUUCCUCCACCAUUACUCCCAAGAUGCUGGCCAACUUCAUAGCAGAGAGGAAGAGCAUAUCAUUUGCAGGAUGCAUUGUGCAAAUGUAUCUGUUUGCUGCCUUUGCCGAUGCAGAAUGCCUCCUGCUGGCUGCCAUGGCGUACGACCGCUACAUGGCCAUUUGUAACCCACUACUCUAUCCACUUUUCAUGUCACGCAAAGUGUGCAUAUGUCUGGUAGUUGGCUCCUAUCUCACAGGCAGCAUGACCUCACUGGUGCACACUUGUCUUACCUUCCGUCUCUCCUUCUGCGGUUCCAACGUCAUCAACCAUUUCUUCUGUGACAUCCCUCCUCUGUUGGCCCUCUCCUGCUCCAACACCCACUUCAAUGAAAUCCUACUCUUUGCCCUGUGUGGAUUCAUCCAAAUGAGCACAUUUGUGCUCAUCAUCAUCUCUUAUGCCUGCAUCCUUUGCACCAUCUUGAGGAUCCCCUCAACCGAUGGCCGCCACAAAGCCUUUUCCACAUGCACCUCCCAUUUGACAGCUGUUGCCCUUUUCUAUGGCACCCUCUUAUUUAUGUAUCUACGUCCUAGUUCCAGCUAUGCCAUGGACACAGACAAAAUAAUCUCAGUGUUUUACACAGUUGUGUUUCCCAUGGUGAACCCCUUGAUCUACUGCCUGAGGAACAAAGAGGUGAAGGACGCCUUGAAGAGAACAUUGGAGAGAAAUGCGUGCUGCUGUUAG